AUGAGAUGGAAGGGCUGGGAUAUGCCAGGCACCAUUGCCGAUCGCACCGAUGGCAAACAGCUCCAUGAUGCCUACCUUGAAAUGGAAACGUUGGCAGUCUACGCUUGGCAAGAAGCAGACGCAAAGACCCCGACGUUCAAACGCUGGUUUGCUGAGGCGGACUCAGAAAAUGUAAAGAAGGUUUUGGAAAGGAUGGUAGAUCCAAAAGCUCUCGUUCCUGAUACAUUGCCGCGAAUGAAAGACCGAGUGCUCUGGAGGAAAGAUUUCUUGGAUGCGUGCGACGACGGAAAGACAUAUGCAUACACGAAGAACAAGAGCGGGAGGUUCAAGUUUUGCGACAAGGGUCUGAGACUAAAGGACAUAACUACCAUCAAGUGUGAAGACCUCGCUGGAAGCGGCUCGGACAGAUACUCAUCAAAGAAGAUCAUGAGUGUUGCCUCAACGCACUUGCACGAGGCUGUGCACUGGAACAAAAUCGGAAAAACGGCGUUGGGACAAGAAAUAGUGGACAAAGCAUAUGGUGCAGCUAAAAGUCAUCGACUUUCGGCAGCAGACCAGCUCAUCAACGCAGACAAUUACGCUUUCAUGGCAUCGGUAGCUUAUCUCCAGAAGAAGGGAUGCACAUUCGUCGACCCCCCUGUGAGCGCGACAGACGAAGACGAUGACCGACAACCAGACAGCUUCGACGGCGACGUAAGUGCUAUUAGCAUCAUCUUGCGCACCAAUGUCAGAGAGACCUUUGCCGACAACGACUGGUAUGUCUACGAGAUUCCCGUCGGCGUAUCAGCACUUUGCAAACCGGAAGACCAAACCGUCACGAAAUGGACGGCAGAAGAUGGUCCCUGGCCAUCGAACGGGCCAGAUUGGCCCGCUGGAACAUUUGACAUAAACGUCGAUGGCAUGGAAUGUCAGUACAAGAACGAUGGCAGGGGAAAUCCUGGGUCGCUUUGGUGCAAGGGACAAGAUGACCCAUUCACAUGCUACAAGGACCCCAAGCUGGACAAGAGAGAGGGCAAAUUCUGUGAUGGCGGUCGCAUCUACCAGCAACCAUAUGUCUACUGUCAAUGGUAA